ACGUGGCCCCACCUUGAACUGUUUGGUUCAGGUGUGUCCCUGUAGGCUACUGUGUCAGUGUGAGGCGUGACACUUCAGUAUGAGUAAUCCCAAGCUCCUUCCACUCAAUACAUAACACAGCGAGGAGACAAAUGUGACAACUUAUUGCACUCUGACUGAAAACAUGAGGAAAAAUAUAUGGAACAAGGUGUUCAUGGUCCUGAUGGUGGGGAACCUGUUCAUAUCCACUGACACAAAGCUCUCCCGUAGAGAAGGAAAGCCUCGGAGACGGAAACUGGAGUCUCAUCCUCGUCAGAAUGCCUCGUCUGUCAAAAUCUCCCCGGAUCCGAUGAUGACAGGUCCAGAAUCAGGAGUGAUGCCCGGUGCUGUUGAAAUUGACUUUGACAAGAGUAUUGAGGACAUGGUGUCUCAGGUCCGAAACAAUCCCAACUUAUCCAUAAACAAAUGUGUGGUGGAUCGCAAACUUUGGAUGUCCAACAGCCGCAGUCUCUCUCCCUGGUCCUACAGAAUCAACCACGAUGAGACCCGUAAGCCCGUGGACAUCCCGGAGGCCGUGUGCUCGUGUGUGGGCUGCAUCAAUCCUUUCACCAUGCAGGAAGAUCGCACCAUGACCAGCGCCCUCAUCUACGCCAAGAUCCCCGUCCGCAGACUCCUGUGCCACCGGCCAACCAAGAAACCGACGAAGCAGAAGAAAUGCGUUCCCCGUUACAGAACAGUGGUGGAGAGCAUCGCCGUGGGGUGCACGUGUAUCGUGGGGUAGCUGAGUGGGACCAACACAGCCUGUUUUACUGCAAAUAAAUCCGGAUCCUAAUCGUGAAUAUUAUUAUUUUCUGUAGGGUGAGCUGUGUUUUCGCCUUUUUGAAAAGGUGAUUUUUUAUUUAAGAUUUUGAACAUUAAAUGACGUUAAGUAUUAAUAAUUUGCAUUGUGACAUCACAUUAAAAAAAAAAAAAGAUGUAGCAUAUAAUAUUAUAGUAGGCAUAGUAAUAGUGGGCAUAAAGCUGUGCCUUUAAAAAGUAUCAAUGUUGACAGUUCUGCAGAUCAUUUGUAGUUGCUAUAUUUUAUGAAACUGUAAAGUGUUUUUUGUGAAAGAAAGAGUAUGUCUACAAAUAGCCAAUUUUCAGUAAUAGCUUAUGGUUUAGGGUACAAGUCAUGGUAUUAGGGUUGACUGUUUAGGAUCGCCCUCUACUGACCAAAAUGAUAAAGUGAAACAAAAGAGGAGACACUUUUAUA